CUAUGUAUUGCUAUAUAUUUAGUACAGUAUAUGACAUCAACAGACAAUACACACAAUCACAGAGUACUCGUUGUUUCGAUCCAUUGAUUCAGUGGUUAAUCAACUGAAGGGUUCAUCAAACGCUUGUUUGACAGAAAUGACUCGAGGUAAUCAGCGAGAGUUAGCCCGACAGAAGAACCAGAAGAAGCUGUCGGAGAGCCAGAAGAAGAAGAGCGCCGACAGUAAAGACGGCAAUAAAGGCAUGAGUCUGGAGGAGAGGAAAUUCCGAGACGCAGAGCUCAUGAGAGAGAAGCAAAAACUGGCCGCAGAAAAGCAAAAGAGCGGAUCCGCAGGAGAGACAUCCGCUGGAGAGACAUCCAAAUCCAAGUGAACCCCAAUCGACAUAAGUAUUGCAAACAAUAAUACAUUUCUGUUUUAAACUCAUCUCUUAAUUCAAAACACUUUAAAUGCAAACGAAAUGAUCAGAAGUUUUAUUAUUUAUGAGAAAAUGUUUGAAACAAAUGUUAAUCAAAAUUGAGUCCAUUUUUUAAUAUUAAAUAAACUAUUUAUUCAUUGA